UUGAAGGAUGAUGUGCGAAUAUUAGCCUGGACCACUGAAUCAGCCUGUUUUGCUAAUUCUAGUAACUGCAGGGACCUUAGUGAAAAGAGACAAAGAGAUAAUGUUCUCUAUCGUGAUUCCCUACGUGGGCACAAAUCAAUCGAUUUGCUUCACAGAACCACCGCCUGGAUGGUUCGAGCCACGCCGGAGGGACACCACGAUGUUGGUCACCGCGGACCGCGCCGACAAAUCCGCGGGGUGGGGAGCAGCGUGCAGUGCCAUGUGGUCGCUCUCGCGGGCAUCACCAGUGGAGAAUCCUCACUGGUGAGAUGCAGGCCGUAAAGCAGCGCGGCCACAGCGAGGCACGCGAGGGCGAGGCCUCGGCGCGGACGGGUGCAGCGGUGCCAAAUGCGCGGGCGGGCGCAGCGCGCGAGGGCGAGGGGGGCGGACGCGGUGCCGUUCGCGAGCCCGAGUGCCGCGGGGCUCCGUGAGCCGGAGCGGCCGGAGUGGCCGUUCGACGGAGUCGGGGACGGCAGGCGCGGCGGCGCGGCAGCGUCGCCCGGGACACGCGCGACCGUCGGCAACCUCUAGAGCGGCACACCGGCUUCUGCUUCAACAACCGCUGGGGUCGGAGGCUGCAGCGGCGGAUCAUGACGGGAAAGUCGUACUGGUGCAGGGGGCAUACUACCCAGCCAUGCACCGAGCACCAGACCGGCGGCGGCGGAGCCGCCAGCGCCGGGUCGAUGCCCCCAUCGGCCUCGAGCCUUGGUGCAGCCGGACCGGCCAGAAGCCGGGCGGGCACAUCGGGCUGCAUAGGCUGGUUCGACUUCGACGGCCCCGCGCCGUUCCGGUGGUUGCGACGGAGGUCCUGGCGGCGCUGGUUCCAACCUCCACGCCGGAAGCGGCGGAGGUCGCGCACACGAUGCUCGAAGCGGCGGCCACGGCCAUCGAUGCAAAGGAGGCGAAGAAACAGGGACAUCGGAACUCGAGGCAUGGUUCCGUUUCUCACCUUUUCCCUGUUCUCCUUGUCUUCUCGUCGGAAUUGCUCUCGCCGGAGCGCGUGCUGAUAACGUGUUAAAAGAAAAGAGAGACAAUUGACAAGUAGUGGAAUCGCUGUUCUCAUUGAUUGGGUUUGUUACAAUAUAUACAUCCCGUAGGGACGCGACGAUACAUAAGGACACGAAGGGAGAGGCGCGUCGGUUGCCUGUUGGCAACGCCAUGGCAGUUAACAAGGGGAGAAUCCCUUUCAAUUAAACAUGUGUGUUUAAUUCUAACACCAAGCAUGCACGUACCAACAUGUAUUUAAAUUCAUCUGGGAGUAGUAUUACUCAUAUUCAUGCAUCUUAGACCUACCAUACCUCACCUGAUCAACGCGCUUACACCUGAUGAUCCUAGCUUGAACCAAUCCAUCCCCUAUAUAUUUUGACAUAGUGGCAUCAACGAUCUUACAGCACAUUCUAUCGUGCAGCCAUUUCUCUCUACCACUUCCUUGGAUCCUAUCAAAUUUCUCUCUAGUGCUAACUUCUAGCUCCGAUCUUUUCAGUUAGCCAGCUAGUCGGUCAACAUUUAAUCCAUGGGGGCUAAAGUUCUUAUCCUGAUCACCGUGACCGUGGCCAUGCUCCGGAUGGUGCUCAGCGCCAGUCUCACGGUGGGUGUGCCGGCCGGAUCAUGGGACCUGCAGACCAACUACACCAUGUGGGCUUUGAGAACUAGGUUUACCAUCGGCGAUGAGUUCCAGUUUCAGUACUCCACCACCGUGCACAAUGUGGUGGAGGUGAGAAAGGUUGGGUACGACGCCUACAACAGCUCCAGCCCCAUCGCGAUGUUCCUAACCAGCAACGAUGUCGUCCCACUUGCAGCCAUUGGGAUGCGGUACUUCAUUUGCGGCGUCCCAGGGCAUCGCGUCGCCGGUAUGAAGGUUCAAGUCAACGUGAAGUCGAAGGCAGUGUGGACAGUACGACGGUGCCGAGGGACGGGGAAGCGGCUCCGGUGCCGGUCCGAGACUAUCUUAAGCUCGGCCAUGACGGCUGGCAUUGAUCAGUCUGCGAUGGCGCGACUAGGUCUGGCCUUUGUCGCGGCUGGUCUCGUGUUGUUCUAUUAGUGACCAUCGAUAAUGGUGCUUUUUUCUUCUUAACGCGA